AGCUGGAUUUGAAUGGUGCGCAAAGCAACUUACAUGGCAUUGCAUUCCAAGAUAGAGCGUAAAAUUACUUCGUACGUGGUAAUUAGAGAGACAGAACAGAAACGGAUAGCGAAGGGAGAGAGAAAGAGAGGAGUUAACGUCUCUAGGAUACAAGUCAAGAAGAUGGAAGCAGUUUCUGCUCGAGUGCCACCACGUUCAACUCAAACACUUUCCAAUCAGGCGAAUAGAGAUGUGAGUACGACGACCCUCAGAAUCGAUAUUUCUAUUGAGCUUUGUAUAAAGUUCGUCUCUUCAGAGCUUCACUUCAAGAGGCGUCUCUCUAAAGCUGCAUACAUGUUGGAACGCUACAUAUUUCUUUCCAACAAUGUUGAUGUUACAAAAUUCUUGAAUGCUAUUAAGCGAAAUUGUGGAAAGCCAAUUAUUCGGAUUGAAUUUAAUGAGAUGCAGGGAAGCAAAGUCAGUUGCGCACAAUCUUCCGAGGUUUGAUCCACGAAGAUCGAUAAAGAUUAUGGUUGAAUUCUUAUUAUGUUUCGAAAACCGCAAACUUGGAAUAUUCACUACGAGAUUGUUACUCUAAUCGCCCAAAAAUUAUGAAACAAUUAAUUUUUCAUUUAUAUUGUUGUUAUACUCAAACUGUGUACUAUAAUUAAAUGAACAAAAAUUUCUAUUCAUUAGUAAAAAAAAUUAUUAGAGAAUUUUUUCGUUUCUUUGAAUUUAAGAUGCGGUAUAAAUUGAAACUGUUCAAAUCGCAUUUUGAUAAAAGAAUGCGAUGCCCUUUCUUGCCGUCCUAACCGAUGUUUUUAUCCGAAUCGAUGGUCCGAAUUCAUUUCCAAAUAAGGUCGAAGCUAUACCAUGGGAACGAUUCCACUGCCAAACCAAGCGACUUAAUAACCGAAUCUUGAAAAUCACAAUAAUUUAUCCAAACUUGAGAGUUUUGUUUUCAAAAACUGAGCCGCGUGAAAUGAAGAAAGCAUCGCGUAUAGAAAUAUUUUAAAUAAAAAUAUAAUUAAACAUAAUCAAUGUAAUUCAAAUGGGUCAUGUUCUCUUCUUUGAUACGCCAGGGCGAAAAUUUUGAAAAAAUCAGGUAAAAAGCAAAGUACUUACAUUUAACUGUAAAUUCCUUAGUAUGAUUUUAUAUAGAUUAA